AUGGGUGUUCAAAACAGGAAAAUUGUUUUGUUUAUUGACCAGUGCCCUGCACACAUGGGCAACAUACAGCUUCGUAAUACAGAAGUUGUUUUUUUCCCUGCGAACUGCACGAGUGAACUACAGCCACUGGACCUAGGUAUUAUACAGUCAUUCAAGUUCCUGUACCGAAAAUACCUGGUCACAAGAGCGGUGACCAUGCUUGACACCGAGGCAGGUUGUAGUGCCAGUGAAGAUGAUGGUGUCACCAUCAUAGAGGAUGUGCCUGAGUAUUGCCAACUGUCUCAAAAGGAGUCUUUUAAGGACUAUGUGGCAAUUGACCAGCAGGUAGUUACCUCACAAGUCCAGUGUGUGGAGGACAUUAUUAUCAAUAGUGGCAUCACCAACUCGCAAGAAGAUGAUGAUGAUGAAGAAGAAGAGGGACAAGAAGAACCAGUUCCUACUACAAGAGACGUGCUCGCAGCUCUUCAAACAUUGCGCAGCUAUAUAUCAAGUUCUGAAGGCAGUGCUAGUUCAUUUGAUAACUUUUAUAAUUUGGAGAGGGCGGUGUUGCAGGCAGCCGGGCUGGAUCACACGUGGUAG